GUACAUAGGAGAAUUCACACUGGAGAGAAACCAUAUAUAUGUAAGGAAUGUGGGAAAGCCUUUGCGAAAGCCUCAAAUCUUAGUGUACAUAGGAGAAUUCACACAGGAGAGAAACCGUAUAAAUGUAAGGAAUGUGGGAAGGCCUUUGCUCAAUCCUCAAGCCUUGGUGUACAUAGGAGAAUUCACACUGGAGAGAAACCGUAUACAUGUAAGGAAUGUGGGAAGUCCUUUGCUGAAGCCUCAAGCCUUCGUGUACAUAGGAGAAUUCACACUGGAGAGAAACCGUAUAUAUGUAAGGAAUGUGGGAAGGCCUUUGCUGGAGCCUCAAAACUUACUGUACAUAGGAGAAUUCACACUGGAGAGAAACCGUAUAUAUGUAAGGAAUGUGGAAAGGCCUUUGCUACAGCCUCAAGCCUUAAUGUACAUAGGAGAAUUCACACUGGAGAGAAACCGUAUAUAUGUAAUGAAUGUGGAAAGGCCUUUGCUUUGGCCUCAAGACUUAGUGAACAUUGGAAAAUUCACACUGGAGAGAGACCCUAUGUUUGUAAGGAAUGUGGAAAGGCCUUUAUUUUGGCCUCAAGACUUAGUGUACAUAGGAGAAUUCACACUGGAGAGAAACCGUAUAUAUGUAAGGAAUGUGGGAAGUCCUUUGCUGAUGCCUCAAGCCUUAGUGUACAUAGGAGAAUUCACACUGGAGAGAAACCGUAUAUAUGUAAGGAAUGUGGGAAGGCCUUUGCUAAAUCCUCAAGCCUUACUAUACAUAGGAGAAUUCACACUGGAGAGAAACCGUAUAUAUGUAAGGAAUGUGGGAAGUCCUUUGCUGAUGCCUCAAGCCUUAGUGUACAUAGGAGAAUUCACACUGGAGAGAAACCAUAUAUAUGUAAGGAAUGUGGGAAGGCCUUUGCUAAAUCCUCAAACCUUACUAUACAUAGGAGAAUUCACACUGGAGAGAAA